AUGUCGGUUAGCUCUCAUACAAUAACAGAUGCAUUUAACCUACUCGUCCCAUCUAUUCUUUCUAUUAUUCUGUACCGUCAUUUUUGCUUUUUUUCUUGUUUUCUUUCUUCCUUCAUCACUUUCUCCUUUAUUUUUUUUAUUUCCAUCCUAAAUUUUCUUUCUUCCUUUACUUCUUCUUACCGUCACCAUUCUUUCCUUCUGUUACUAAAUUUCUUCAUUAUUGAUUAUUUUCCAUCUGCCUUUGCGAUUAUUACUGUCGCCAUUAUCACCUCUUUUUUUAGGGUCUUAUUCUCUCAUAUCACCUCUUUUUAUCGCUUUUCUUCACAUUCGCAAGACCUACUUACUUUGUUCCACCUUUGCAACAAUCAUCGAAUUCAUCCCUUCAUCAUUUGGUGUUUUUUAAAUGACAUUGCAAUAGAAGUUUUUAUUCUUAUUACUGGAAAUAAAACUUAA